GUCGUAUUUGAUGUGAGCAAAUUUCCGUGGGAAGCUACGUUGAUUGUGCUGCGGAGAUUGCAAUUGAAACCAUUUCACUUUUAAACAAGUCUUGAGAAGCUUCUCAACAAGCCCAGCUCGAGAAGAUGGAUCCUACAUCAUUCGGAAUCGUGAAGGGAGAAGUUCAGCGUCUUCCUCUCAAGGACGACAAAGUGAAAGCCAUUGCUUAUGCUCAGGGGCAUUUCUACGCCGAGCAAGUUGGUGAAUUGCUGAGACAGUUCAGUUUCGACGAUGGUCGUCUUAAAGGGCUUCAAGCUUGUGUGGGGAAGAUGCUACCAGCCACUUGUGUGGGAAUUUUCCCGAUCCUCAGAGCUUUCUCCUUCGACAAUAACAAAGUUCAGGCGCUGGAGCUGAUCGCUAUACAAAUCACGGAUCCACUGAACUUCCAGGUGUUCAACGAAGUUAUUCCUGUCUUGAAAGACCGUGAGCGAGUCAGGGUUAUCAUGCAAAGAAGGGCUACUAUGGGACCUCCACAAAUGCCUGCUCCUAUGAAUCCCGCCAUGGCAGGCAAUCCCUAUCCAUAUGGUAGACCCAAGGCGUCUAUGGAUCCUAAUGACCCUCUUUACAGAACAGUUGAUAAUGCUGUGGGCAGUGCUGUGAAUGGUGUAUGUUCUGCUGUGGACAGUGCUUGUGGUGCCUUGUUUGGCCGUCCUUCACGUCCUGGUGCCGUCAUUGUCCAAAGACCAGUGGCAUACAAGACAACAACUACCUCAUAUGUAGUACCCCCAGGCUCUGGAGUGCAAGUCUUACAUGUUCCACCAGGUGCAACAGUUCAAACCAUCACUCCUGCUGCCCCACCUGGUACCUACCCUGUUGGCCAAGCACCACCUCCCUACCAACCCUACCCAACCCAGCAGUGGAAAUAAACUACCUUGAGAUACACUUUGCUCACUGGCAACUGAUGCUUCAAUCUCUAGUGGUAGUUUAUACAUUAUGUUUCAAAAGUAGUCAAUUUUAUUGUUUUAGAUUUAGUUUACUAACGUGUAUAUCCCAAUCAGGGCUGUCAUUAAGAGUGGUAAGCUGUAACACCUGUUACCAGUGAGUAUAUUUGAUAGGCCCUUGAUGUUUUGUGUGAAAUUGCCUUUUGUAGAUACAAUUCAGCCACAAAUUAACAAGUUUGUAACAGGUGUGAAGAUCAAUGCUUCAGGUGACUAAAAACUUAAUGACAGCCCUGCCAAUGGGCAACUUUUGCUCUCUUCAUAUUGAACUGGAACUUCAACAUAUAUAGACCCCUCUAUAUAUAGCAAUGAUGCUUGAGCCUUUGAAAAUGCAACAAUGGGAGAUUUCCAGGAAACCAUCAGAGGGCAUCUGACAUCAGCCAACAUACAAGUUAUUGAAGUACCUUGGGCAUAAAUUUGUCGCAAAUUUUAACAUCUUUUUUCUUAUCCGGUAGAUAAUUCAGGUUCUUAUCUGGUAAUUUAUCUGAGAGGUGUGGAAAUGCUGUGGAGGGGGGAGGGGGCAGGUAAUGGAGUUCUAGCACAACCUAAAGAGUACAAAACUUGUUUAUAGAAACUAAAGCAGAGCUAUAAUAAUGUUAUUCUGCAGUUUCCUAAUGAUAUAGUAUUAUUAUAUCAUGUAGAUUACAUUAAGUGUUAUGAGCUCCAUAGCAGGAGUGUUGUUCAUGUUUCAGAGUUAAAAGACUUCGAUUACAGUAUAAAUCAAUUAAGGUGGUUUGCAUGGGGCACCACCAGAAAAUUGUUCUAAAAUGUAAAACACCACAGAAAAUUUUUUAUCAGUCUCUAUAUUACAGUGGUUAUGUUUUUAAGACAAAGCACUUUGUAAUUUACAGCCCAAAUCAGUGUCUUGGAAAUGUCACAGAUGCAAUUAAAUAUAUGAUUUACAAAAUUAUGCAUUUAAAAAAAAUUUACUAGUUUCACAUUGUACUGUUACUGAUCAAACAAAAUAAAUACCAGAGAUAUUAAUGAAGAACUAGCCUUACUUACUGUAAAUCUGAUAUUGUUUGCUUUUUGCACUCAUGCAGUUUAAAUAGAGUAACAGAGGUAUGUAAUGUGUGAAAUAGAUUCUGAAGAAGCAAUAUUAAGUUGCUCUAUAAAUCUCUUACUCGUGUUUGUCUAAUACUGUAGACACUAUUUGAUGUUGUUUCACUUUUGAAGUGUGUGUUGAUUAUAUUUAUCAUAUGAUAUAAAUGUUAUUUGAUUUUUUUUUUCUUCACCAACAUGCAGAUGCAGUAUACUAAGUGCUGAAAUUUCCUAAAUAGAACACUCUAGAUAAAGUUGUUAUGUAAAGUACAGAAGGAUUUAAACUUGGGCAAAUGUAUUCUUUAUUCAUCAUCCACAAAUCUUGUUGUUUGGAUGUAACUUUUAUGGACCCUUAAAGUAAACAAUUUUGUCAUGAUAUCUGUAUAACCCUAAAUAGAGGAAUAAAGAGCAGUACAGUUCUCCAGA